UGUUAUGCAAGGUCUUGCAAAGAGAACACAAUAAAACAAGACUUCUACACCCAUCUGCAAUACCUGGUGGAUAUAUCAUCAUGGAAGAGGAAGAAUUAAGAAUGAACUAAAGCAGUUUUCAAGUUUAUACAGUGCACGCGUUGUCGAAGAUAUUCCUCCAAGAAAAAAGGAACAACUUCUUCUUAAAUAUGAACAAGACAGUAAAAGAGACUUUGAGAUCAUGAAAAUAUGUUCUUUAAACUGCUUAAGUUUAAUAAACCACACGAUUGAAAAUGGUGCUAAAGCGUAUUCGUGCUGCGAAAUGGUUCUGAAAGUCGAUCCUACAAAUAUCACAGCUCUUUUAAACAAAGCCAACUUUCUUCUAGCGGAUUCGCGCUUCUCCGAAUGCCAGGAAUGCUUGAAACAAUUGAAGGCCUGUAGCGCCGACGCGAUGAGUACAGUGAAGGCCAAAGCGGAGAAGGCGUAUGUCUACUCUACAUUGGGUAUGACCAUGUAUCAUUCGGCAAAACAAAUGUAUGAAGACGUAUUAAAAGAGGUUAGCGGGAUGGACAACGUUUCAGAUAACGACCACUUAGUGAUCUUCUGGAGAUAUAGACUUGCCGUUCUGAACAGAAGGCUGACCAAUUUCAGCAACACUCUAAACAUCCGGUCGUCUAGUCAAGAAGAUUACAAGACCGUUUUACAACAAUUGACGGAUCUUAUAGGAUUACAAGAGACAUCACCAUUUAUCAGCAGAUACAUACGAGCACAGAGUUAUACUGAAAUUGCCAUGGUACUGAAUGAUAUAAAGAAACAGAAAAAGCGAUUCGAAAAUGGUGUUUUGGAUAUUUUGCCAGACAACAAACUUUUGCAAAAUGACAUUGUGUACUUCAUAGAAAAGGCACUAGAAUUAGAUGGAGAUAAUGAAGAAGUUUUGUCUCACUGUGGAGAAUUAUACAGAUAUAACAUGAACGUCGAAAAGUCCAUAGAACUACUCAAGAAAAGUAUAGAGAUAAAACCGACUUCGUUUGCACAUCACCAGCUUGCACUAUCAUUGAAAAGCGCAGUAGAAAUUAGGAACAAAGCCACUGCAUAUGCAGCACCUUACAAACACCAGGGUCCGAGUGUAAAUGACAGUAAAUACUCUUCAGGCACUGAGGAGAACUGUGGUGUAUCAAAAGCUGAAACAGUUUAUAUGGAGAAUGGCUCUAAAGUGGAUAGAAAAGCUUCAAAAUCUAAUACAGUUAUAGAUCUGCAGAAGAAUCUGCAAUUGGAUUCAAGUGAAGACAAUUUGUUUUUGGUAAAAAGUCUAAGACUUCCUAUGCUUUUGUCUGAUAUACAGGCACAAGAGCAGAAUGACAUUUUAUUACAUUUCGAGCAGUCAAUAAUUUUGUCCAACAACACAAAUGCAAAAUAUGAUCGAGGUAUAUUCUACAGACAGUUGCAAAAGGAGGAUGAGGCUCUUGCACAAUUCCGAUUAAUGAUGAAGGACAAGGAAACAUCUGCGUUACGAUUAGCGGAGGUGUAUGAACAAGCUGCUUUCUGUCUGAUUCUUAUGACUCAAGAUGGUCGAGUUUCAAACAAAGAUGCAGAUAUUCGCAUAUUUCUCCUUAAAUCGAUUGAACUGACAGACGAAGUUUCAAAAAUAUUUACGCAUUUAAACGGUGCCUGGCAGGGGAUACCUAUAUUAGCAGAACUUCUCUCUGAUCAAUAUAAUACAAAGCCUGGUUUAAAGAGUCUUGCGGAUAUAUUCAAACUCCUCAAACAUUUUGACAAAUCGUCACAAGUCCUCAGAUAUCUACAGAAUCAAGAAAGGGACCCAUUAAAGAGGACAAACAUGCAAAUGGAAAUAAUAAACAACAGUGCAAAGACAGGCAAUUACGAAGAGGCAAUAAUCGGGAUUCAAAUGUUACCUAAACAAAACCUUUCCACUCAGAACAUGUCGAGCUGUAUCGAUAUCAUGGUGGACGCUGGAAUGGUGGCCAUGCGCAAUUGUGAAGAAAAAACAGCCAGUUGUAGGUUCAAACAAGCUCUGAACUUUAAAGGAUCGUGUUGUAACAAGAGCCAGCAUGUCCAUGGACACGAAUUUGACGUUUAUAUCUUGUGUCACAGCUCGGAAGAACCUUCAGAGACAGUUUUAAACUUAAAAAAGUCAUUGCAGCAGUUUGGCCUUGAUGUGAACAUGCGCAGCGAUGUCGCACCAGGACACGACGAAAUACGUGAAAUACUUUUCAAAGUUAAAGAAAGCAAACACUUCAUCAUUGAAAACUAUGACGAAUCACAAGACGAGGAUCAGAAUGAUUACUUUACUGGAACGAUUAUAAUGGCUAAAGAUUGUGGGAACGUUGUGGUUUUACAUUCUGAUGAAAGAAUUACAUUAAAAUUGGAAACUUUUCGAAAAUUCCACACCAAUUGCUUUGCCAUAACAGACGAGAAAAGACUACAAGGGAAUUUGGUCAACCUUUUAAAGUUACUGGCAAAAGGUGAAUAACAAUAUGGUUGUAUAGCAAGAGGCUGAUAAUUAUUGUGGCACAUGUGUAAUAGUGAAAAUCCUACAGCAUGUUGUACUAAACAGUAUUAUUGGUGAAUGAACCAUGUGCUCUCUGUAUCUGGUUAUUCGAGUAUCUAUUAGUAAGCAUUAAUUUUAUCAAAAUGUCAUGUCCUUGCUUCGAUACGGCAAAUGUUUUUGAAUUUGCAUUUUUGUAUAAAUGCUUGGACAAGAGUGAUGUUUGACCUUCUCUGUUAAUGUUUUUUGUUCAUAACGUAUCACUGUUGCGUGUAAUUUGUUAAUUGUCUAGAUGACUUUAGUUAAAACCUGUGUCAUUAAAACAAGAUAGUUGCUGGAUUGUCAGUACUUCCAUUUUCAUUAACUCUUGAAUUAGGACAGAAAGUUAUGGAACAUAAGUUUUACUAUUGUACAUAACUGGGGUACGGAUUAUAUUCAUCAACCCUGUUGCAUUCUAUGUUAAUGUUAAUUGCAAUUAACAUAUAGUCGAGAAAUAAAA